GCGAAGAACAGGUUCCUCCGGCCGAGCGCCGACUUUUCACACCCUUUUCGGAUAAAGGAAGCGAUCAAGUAAAUGUGUAAAAGGCACUCGAGCACAAAGCGAAGGCGAAGAGGCCGCGGCGCGUCCCCGCGGCGCUGGAACUGGUUUCGGCAAGCGACUUGGAAGGGGCCCAGCGGCUGCACGGAGCUGGUCCGGAGCCGGCUGAGAGUAGGACGGAUGACGGCCGCGGGCCGGGCGCGCACGGGUGCGAGUGCGGUGUAAGCAGGCAUCUCGGCCGCUGGCUCGACCAGUUCACCUACUGACGUAACGCAUUGCAAGGCGUUUAGUGAGAUGUUUAGUGUCGGUUUGACAGCGAACUAACUCGGGUGAUGUAGGUUUUGUGCAGUUACUGGUACCUCCGGCUCUACCCUGUUCCGCUCUGCCUGUUCAUCCGCCGAUAGGGUAAUCACCCUGUGUUUAGGGAAGUGCUUCUUCGACAGCUUUAGGAGCGCGAAACUUAUCCAAGCAAAUUGUGUCAAAAUCCGUUAGUUUACUGUUGUAGCGAGUUUAGUGGAUUCUGGUGGCUACGAGGAGCGCGAUGGUGUCCGCGUGAAUGCAACCCGGAACAAUUGGAAUGACCACAGGCAGUACUUUUCGUUGGUGUUUACGCUUUUGUUUUGGGGAUUCACCGAGUGCGGCGUGCGCCAGAAUUUCUUAAACGCAUUUCCCGUGAAAUAUCGUUUGGAAUUUUUAUGAUGAUAAUUGCGUGUGUAGUUUGCAGAAAAGUGUGAGAAAGUACAGUGAAUGACAAAAUUAGUGAUCGAUUAGCAUCCGGUGGUUUUGUGUGAUAGGAACUGGAACACUUGGGGCAAGUUUGAUCUAGAGGGUCUGAAGACAGUUGGUUCGUGCAACAGCUGGACGACUCCCAUGCGGAUUUUGAUUUUUAAGAACGGUUUGCCUUAAAACAGUCAAAAUCGUGCUGCAGUGGCAUACGCCGGGCGAUAGCCCACUUCACACAACCACGACCAUAUCCGAGUUGACAUCGGUUGUAGGUGGAAGAGGUGGCGACGACGACACCAGCGGCCUUGCAAUUAGUCCGGCAGCUCGCGAUCUGGGCGUAAGAGUUAGCGACGGCAGUGAAAACGACAACUCUAGGCAGGAGGGCGGCCCAAUUAGCCCCAUUAGGCACACCACGGCCACGCCAACGCCCGCUAUGACUGUUCCCGUUCAGCGAGGAUCUAUGGCCGUGCUACAACCUCCCCGAUCGCGAUUUAUGAUCAACGAUAUCCUGGCCGGAAGUGCAGUUGCAGCGGCUGCAAACGCAGCGGCCAAUGCUGCGGCCGCGGCGAAUGCCGGCAACGAGAACGGGCACCACAACUUGAAUCACGCCAACGCCAUGCAUCACUACCACCAUUUGCAUCACCAUCACGGAAUGCAUCCGCAUCGACACAGUGACUUGGAGGAGGAGGGCAGAUCACCAUCACCCCAAGGACCCAGGGAUCUCUCGGUGCCUCCGGGUAAUAACAGUGGCCUAGGAAGGACGAGUAGCACGCAUGAUGAUAGCGAUAGUGAUUCAAGUACACAAUUGGACAGUCAUAGCAUUUGCAGUAAUGGUGCCAAAGAUGAAGAUGGAAAUAGUAUAAAAAGUGGUCUUGGACUAAAUGGUACGCCGGGGUUAAGUAAAAAGCAGCGUAAAGCACGAACCGCAUUUACAGAUCAUCAACUACAGACCCUUGAAAAGUCAUUUGAACGACAAAAAUAUCUAAGUGUUCAAGACCGUAUGGAAUUAGCUAACAAAUUAGGACUAAGUGAUACACAAGUGAAAACAUGGUACCAAAAUAGAAGAACAAAGUGGAAGAGGCAAACGGCGGUGGGACUGGAACUGCUAGCAGAGGCUGGGAAUUACGCGGCGUUUCAACGAUUAUAUGGUGGACCGCCAUAUUUGGGAGCAUGGCCAUAUCCAGCUCAGCCACCACACGGGGCACCUCCUUCGGCAGCGGAUCUAUAUUAUCGGCAAGCUGCAGCUGCGGCCCUUCAAAAACCUUUACCCUAUCGACUUUAUCCUGGUGUCCCGACUUUGGGAACGUUGGGAACGUUACCUGGUCCAAGUGCACCCUUCCCUCAUCUCUCAGCUUCAAGUUCCCUUACAUCUCUUAGUAGUUACUAUCAGGCUGCGAACAACAAUAACAACAAUAAUAGUCUAAGCAGUAGUAGUUCAAACCGAGAAUUGCGAAGGUCGCCAAGUCCGCAUUUGAAUCCUGGAAGUCCGCCUGGACGAUCGGAAAGUAGUCCGCCUAGUGAUGAUGAGGAUACGAUCCAAGUUUGAGAUUUAGCCUAAUUUUUAUCUAAAUUCAGUCUAAGUAGUUUUGCUAUUUUAGUUUCAAUGUAAGAUGUAGCUUUAUUCUGUACACCUGAUUUUAUACUUAAAUGCUGGGCUGUGCAUUCUGAUCGUAACAAAUCCUUCACAUUUCUACUCCAGGCAAAAUUUUAACUGAUCUAGACAAAAUUUCAUCUACAAUUAAUGCGACGAAGCGUAGAUAAUUUCAUCUUUGAUGCAAAUCUUUCUUGUCGCUGGUCCACCUGAAAAAUACUCAUCUGAUGUUCAAUAGUGGGGACGUUACUUUGCGCAAGAUUAUAUUCAAUUGAAACCAGUGAAUGGUAAUAUUAUUUAUGUAUAUCUUCUUCAAUUGCCAGUGUAUCUUAGGGACCUUCUUGAAGUUCAGCAUUUAAAAUGGUAUUCAUUUCACAUACAAAUUAAUCACUCGGUACCAAAUAAAGAGGAUCACGGUGCCAACACAAACAACAUUCUCGUAAUAAAGACAAAGUAAAACAGAAUAUACAUGUAUAUGAAUUGCAACUAGAAUGUGAAUCUUGUAUAUAGUGUACAAAGUACUAGAAAUAUAAAAGUAGCAAAAAAAUAUACAAAACGCAUGUAGAUGUUUGCCGAAAUCCUAAUUUUAUGUGUAAUUGUUUUAUAUAUAUUUUUUAUUUAUUUUUGGAUAUAUGUUCGAGAUACAAUAUAAGUUCUUACUUACAAAUACGAUACUGAGUAAUUUCUAAGAGUUAUUGUUAAUUUUUAUACACACGUACGUUAUCUAAAUUUGGACACAAAGAUCAAUAUCGAGAUGUAAACUAUAUUGCUAUGUAUUUUGUAUAAAGUAGAUAUGUACUAUCAUCCGCAACUCCGCGUAAACAAAUCAACAUCAGGAAAUGAAAACUAUAUGGAUUUAACGAAAUAACAAUGAAAAAAGAAAAAAAAUUGACUUUUCCUAAAGAAUCUGAUAAUUUUGCUGCUUUUGCGUCUCUUUGUUAAAAGGAAAUCGAUUUUAUGUGUUGUAAUUUUUAAUACACAAAUAGAUAUGAAAUUGUUUGUUGUAAUUUUUUAUCAUACCGCAUUAUAGUGUUGUAUCCACAACUAUAAUUUUCCUUCGUCAUAAUUGAAUUGAUAAAAAUUUUUAGAAAAUUGUAUGAACAAUUUAUGGGAAAAAAUAUUGAAAUGAAUGGAAACAGAUUCAGGUAAAUAUAGGAAGGAAAUGUGUAUAUUAUUAUAAAAUAAAAAUACUAUCUAUUAGUGCGAAGUAAACUGGAAGGAGACAGCAUGUAAAAGAUACAUAAUGGAUAACAACCCGCAAUGGAGAAAAUGGUAAAGAAAUCCGAAUAAAUGUAUUGAAAGUA